CAGUGAGCAAUGCCAAGAAAAAGCAAUGGGGCUGAUUUGAGCCGCAGUACAAGUAAAGCUCGAAACUUGCGAAAUAAUAGAUCCGAAAGAACAGAAGAACAAAUCCAGCAACAAAAUACUGAUGCACGUGUCAGAAUGGCGCAGUUGCAUCAAGAAGAGCCAGAAGAUACACGAGCUGAACGCAAUGAAGUCAGAAGAUUAGAACUACGACAAUCACGCCGCUUCACAGUCAAAAGACGAAGAACAAAUGACCAACAACGACAACAGGUACAUCGAGCAUUUAUAUCUGAUUCAUUCCCGCGUCUAGCAUUCCAGUAUGAGCCCGAUAUUGAAUAUUAUGCUCAUUCAAAAGUGGUAAUUGGUGCUAUGGACAAGGAAUGUCCGCAUUGUCAUGCUCUGAAAUUCAAAAAUGAGCCGGCUGGGAUGUGUUGCGCGUCAGGAAAAGUGCAACUACCUGAAAUUGAAACACCACCUGAACCAUUGAACCAUUGAUCGGCUUACUCAUCGGCACGGAUCCAGAUUCUAACGAGUUCCUGAAGUCAAUUCGAAGAUUCAAUUCAUGAUUUCAAAUGACAUCGUUCGGAGCAACAGAAAUAGUUCGAAAUAAUAAUGCAAAUGGUCAACAAUUCAAUUCUACAUUCCAAAUCAGAGGCCAAGUUUAUUAUAAAAUGGGCUCACUACUGCCAAUGCCAAACGAACCACAUAAAUUCUUACAAAUAUACUUUAUGGGCGGCGAUGAUUCCGGAAGCGCACUUGCCAAUCGCGUGAAUGCACGUUGUUAUUAUAAUAACCUUGAUUCACUUUAUGCCAGGCGCAUCGUCGGCGAGCUAGAUGUUCUUUUGAACGAGCACAACGAGUUGUUGAAAAUAUUCAAAUCACAUAUGCACCAAUUACAAAGCGAUAAUCACGCUAUCGUCAUUAAUCCUGAUAAAACACCAGCUGGAGAGCAUUUUCGUAGAUACAAUGCACCCGUUGUUGAUGAUGUUGCUGGAAUCAUGGUUGGCGAUUGUACAGCUGCACGAGAAAUUGUGAUUCGUAGAAGAAAUAAUAACUUUCAGUUCAUUGCUGACACACAUCGUUCAUAUGACGCUCUCCAAUAUCCGCUAAUAUUCUGGAAGGGACAAGACGGAUAUUGCAUAAACAUAAAACAACGAGAUCCCGUAUCAGGAGUUGAAACAAACAAGAACGUUAGCUCAAAGGAUUAUUAUGCGUACCGAUUAAUGAUUAGACGUGGCCUGGACAACGUAAUUUUACGAUGUCGUGAGCUUUGUCAACAAUUCAUGGUCGACAUGUACGCGAAGAUUGAGAGCGAACGACUACUAUACUUACGAUAUAAUCAACAAAAGCUGCGCGAGGAAGAGUACAUUCAUUUGCGAGACGCUAUCAACAACAACGCCUACGUCGCCGAAAUUGGUAACCAUGUCAUUUUACCACCAUCGUACGUAGGCAGUUCACGUCAUUUGCAAGAAUAUAUACAGGAUGCUCUGACUUACGUGCGCGAAUAUGGACGACCAUGUUUAUUUUUCACGUUCACAUGUAAUCCAAAAUGGUCAGAGAUUACAUCUUUGCUACUGCCUGGCCAAAAUGCAAUACAUCGCCAUGACAUUUCAGCACGUGUGUUCAGACAAAAGUUGAAGUCUUUAAUAAGUUUCAUUACUAAAUCACAUGUAUUUGGUCCCACACGUUGCUGGAUGUAUUCGGUUGAGUGGCAAAAGCGAGGAUUACCUCAUGCACACAUUUUGGUUUGGUUCAUCGACAAAAUCCGUCCUGAAGAAAUUGAUAGUAUCAUUUCUACGGAAAUUCCAGAUCCAUCCACCGACCAACUGCUGUUUGGUAUUGUUACAACAAACAUGAUUCAUGAUCCAUGUGGUACUCUUAAUAGUUCAUCGCCUUGCAUGGCUGAUGGAAAAUGUACUAAAAAUUUCCCUAAAGAUUUUACCAAUGAUACGGUCACAAAUGUCGACGGAUACCCAAAUAUCGUCGAAGAAAUCCUGAAAAUGGCGGACAGUCAUUUAUUAAAAAUAUCAUCAACACAGACAUUGAUAUUGACAAUCGUUGGGUGGUGCCAUAUUCGCCUCUGCUGAGCAAGACAUAAAAUGCUCAUAUUAAUGUUGAGUUCUGCAGUUCUGUGAAGAGCAUCAAAUACAUUUGCAAGUAUGUCCAUAAAGGCAAUGAUAUGGCGGUGUUUAGAGUGGAAAAUAUUAAUGCGAAUGCUCCUCCAGUGAAUAAAAACGAUGAAAUAACGCUCUACCAAAUUGGUCGGUACAUCAGCUCCAAUGAAGCUGCUUGGCGUAUCUUUGGUUUUCCAAUUCAUGAACGGGAUCCAGCAGUUGUUAAGUUAGCCAUCCAUCUUGAAACCGGUCAGCGUGUAUUUUUCACGAACGAGACAGCGAUUGAUCGUGCAAU